GGGGCUUUGGAGGUCCAUGACUUCUCCUGGGACUUUGGAGAUCUGGGACUUCUGGGGCUUCAGAGGUCUGUGAUUUCUUCUGGGACUUCGGAGGUCUGGGACUUCUGGGGUUUUAGAGGUCUGGGACUUUGGAGGUCUGUGAUUUCUUCUGGGACUUUGAAGGUCUAUGGCUUCUCAUGGGGCUUUGGGGUGCAUGACUCCUACUGAGAUUUUGGAGGUCUGUGACUUCUAGGAUUUUGAAGUUCUGGGACUUUGGAGGUCUGUGACUUGUCCUGGGGCUUUGGAAGUCCAUGACUUCUGGUCUUUUGGAGGGGUGUGACUUCUACUGGGAUUUCGGAGGUCUGACUUCUUCUGGGGCUUUGGGGGUCUAUGACUUCUGCUGGGAUUUUGGAGGUCUGUGAUUUCUCCUAGGAUUUUUGAAGCUCUGGGGCUAUUGGAGGGCCAUGACUUCUGCAGGGAUUUUGCAGGUCCGUGAUUUCUCCGUUGGGGGUGGGGGUGUGGGUACCUGUAAAUUAUUCCCAGUGCAGAAGGAGUGGGGGGCAGCCGGGUCGGACCUGGCAGCACCGGCACUGCUCCGCCGCCCUCCCGCUUUUCCGGGGAGGCGCGGGGCCCGAGCAGCCGUUCCGUUCCGUGCGGUUCCGUGCCGUUCCGUGCCGAGCCGCACGGGGAGGUGCUGGGCCCCGCGUCCCCGCCCCUCGCCGCCGCCCGCCCGGCCGGCGCUGGGAGCGCGGAGCGGGGGCUCCAAGAUGGCUUUGGCCGGGCUGUGCGCUCUGCUCGCCGGCUGCUGCCUGGCAGCGGGUAGCGGCCCCGCCGAGGCGGCGGGGGAGGCGGCGGCCAAGGAGCUGGAGUGUAAACUGAAGAGCAUCACGGUGUCGGCGCUGCCCUUCCUGCGGGAGAACGACCUCAGCAUCAUGCACGGCCCUUCGGCGGCCGAGCCCAAGCUGCUUUUCUCCGUGCGCAACGAUUUCCCCGGCGAAAUGGUGGUGGUGGAUGAUCUGGAGAAUACGGAGCUGCCUUACUUCGUGCUGGGUGAGCCUCCCGGUGGGCCUGCGAGCAGCGAGAUCUCGGGCAACACAGACGACAUCCCACUGGUGCGCUGGCGGCAGCAGUGGCUGGAGAAUGGCACGUUGCUCUUCCACAUCCACCACCAAGAUGGGGCCCCCAACCUGCCUGGCUUCGACCCCACGGAUGAGCCCCAGCCCGAGUCGGCGGAGGAGGAGCUGCGGAUCCUCCACAUCUCUGUCAUGGGAGGGAUGAUCGCCCUUCUGCUCUCCAUCCUCUGCCUGGUCAUGAUCCUCUACACCCGCCGGCGCUGGUGCAAGCGGCGCCGGGUACCGCAGCCCCAAAAAAGCGCCAGUGCCGAGGCAGCCAAUGAGAUCCACUACAUCCCCUCGGUGCUGAUUGGGGGCCACGGGCGGGAGAGCCUGCGCAACGCCCGUGUCCAGGGCCACAACUCCAGCGGGACCCUCAGCAUCCGUGAGACCCCCAUCCUGGAUGGCUACGAGUACGACAUCACCGACCUGCGGCAUCACCUCCAGCGUGAGUGCAUGAAUGGUGGGGAGGACUUCGCCAGCCAGGUCACCCGCACCCUGGACUCCCUGCAGGGCUGCAAUGAGAAGGCCAGCAUGGACCUCACGCCAGGGAGUGAUAACGCCAAGGUGUCCCUGAUGAACAAGUACAAGGACAACAUCAUUGCCACCAGUCCCGUGGACUCCAAUCACCAGCAGGCCACCCUGCUGUCCCACACCUCCAGCAGCCAGCGCAAGCGCAUCAACAACAAGGCACGAGCCGGCUCAGCAUUUCUCAACCCUGAAGGGGACUCAGGAACGGAGGCGGACACCGAUCCUCAGCUCACCUUCUACACGGACCCGUCUCGGAGCCGCAGGCGCAGCCGAGUGGGGUCCCCCCGGAGCCCCGUCAACAAGACGACGCUGACCCUCAUUAGUGUGACGAGCUGUGUCAUCAGCCUGGUGUGUUCCUCCCACAUGAACUGCCCUCUUGUCGUCAAGAUCACCCUCCACGUCCCCGAGCACCUCAUUGCUGAUGGGAGCCGGUUCAUCCUGCUGGAGGGGAGCCAGCUGGAUGCCAGCGACUGGCUGAACCCGGCGCAGGUCGUCCUCUUCUCUCAGCAAAACUCCAGCGGGCCCUGGGCCCUGGACCUCUGUGCCCGGCGCCUCCUUGACCCCUGUGAGCACCAGUGCGACCCUGAGACUGGUGAGUGUCUCUGCUAUGAAGGUUACAUGAAGGACCCCGUGCAUAAGCAUCUCUGCAUCCGGAACGAGUGGGGAACAAACCAGGGGCCUUGGCCAUACACCAUCUUCCAGCGCGGCUUCGACUUGGUGCUGGGUGAGCAGCCAUCUGACAAGAUUUUUCGAUUCACCUAUACCCUGGGGGAAGGCAUGUGGCUUCCACUGAGCAAGAGCUUUGUCAUCCCGCCAGCCGAGCUGGCCAUCAACCCCUCAGCCAAGUGCAAGACCGACAUGACAGUGAUGGAGGAUGCGGUGGAGGUCAGGGAAGAGCUGAUGACCUCCUCCUCCUUCGACAGCCUGGAGGUUCUCCUCGACUCUUUUGGCCCCGUCCGCGACUGCUCCCGGGACAACGGGGGCUGCAGCAAGAACUUCCGCUGCAUCUCAGACCGCAAGCUGGACUCGACGGGCUGUGUGUGCCCGACGGGACUGAGCCCCAUGAAGGAUGGCACCGGCUGCUAUGACCGUCAUGUCGGUGUGGACUGCUCAGAUGGCUUCAAUGGGGGCUGCGAGCAGCUGUGCCUGCAGCAGAUGGUUCCCCUGCCUGAGGAGCCCCUGCUCUACAACAUCCUUAUGUUCUGCGGGUGCAUCGAGGACUACAAGCUGGGCACGGAUGGGCGGUCAUGCCAGCUCAUCUCAGAGUCAUGUCCUGAAGCGGGGGACUGCGGUGAGCCCCGUGAGAUGCCCAUGAACCAGACGCUCUUUGGGGAGAUCUUCUAUGGCUACAACAACCACUCCAAGGAGGUGGCCCCAGGGCAGGUGCUCAAAGGGACAUUCAGGCAGAACAACUUUGCCCGGGGCCUGGAGCAGCAGCUGCCAGAUGGGCUGGUGGUGGCCACGGUGCCCCUGGAGAACCAGUGCCAAGAGGAGCUCUCCGACCCCACACCCGACCCCGAGUUCCUCACAGGGAUGGUGAACUUCAGCGAGGUGUCUGGGUACCCAAUCCUGCAGCACUGGAAGGUGCAGUCUGUCAUGUACCACGUCCGGCUCAACCAGUUGACCAUCUCCCAGUCCUUCAGCAACGCGCUCCAUUCUCUGGAUGGGGCCACCUCCCGUGGAGAUUUCGUGGCACUGCUGGACCAGUUUGGCAACCACUACAUCCAAGAGGCAGUGUAUGGCUUUGAGGAGUCCUGUUCUAUCUGGUAUCCCAACAGGCAGGUCCAGCGGCAGCUCUGGCUGGAGUAUGAGGACAUCAGCAAAGGUAACUCCCCCUCGGACGAGUCGGAGGAGCGGGAGCGGGACCCUAAGGUGCUGACCUUCCCCGAGUAUAUCGCCAGUCUCUCCGAGUCGGGCACCAAGCGCAUGGCGGCCGGCGUGCGGAUGGAGUGCCAGAGCCGCGGGCGCUGUCCUUCCUCCUGCCCCCUCUGCCACGUCACCUCCAGUCACGACGUGCCAGCUGAGCCCAUCCUGUUGGAGGUCACCAAAGCUGCCCCCAUCUAUGAGCUGGUCACCAACAACCAGACCCAGCGGCUCUUGCAGGAGGCCACCAUGAGCUCGCUGUGGUGCUCGGGAAGUGGAGACGUCAUCGAGGACUGGUGCCGCUGCGACUCAAGUGCCUUUGGGGCUGAUGGGCUGCCCACCUGUGCACCUCUCCCCCACCCCAUCCUGCGGCUCUCCACUGUUCAUGAGCCCAGCAGCACGCUGGUGGUGCUGGAGUGGGGGCACUCAGAACCCCCCAUUGGAGUGCAGAUCGUCGACUACCUCCUCCGGCAAGAGAAAGUCACCGACAGGAUGGACCACUCCAAGGUGGAGACUGAGACGGUGCUGAGCUUUGUGGAUGACAUCAUCUCUGGAGCCAAGUCACCCUGUGCCAUGCCAGCCCAAGUGCCCGACAGACUCUCCUCCACCAUCUCCCUCAUCGUUCGCUGCCUGGAGCCUGACACCACCUACAUGUUCACGCUGUGGGGAGUUGAUAACACAGGAAGACGCUCCAGGUCCAGUGAUGUGACAGUCAAGACCCCCUGUCCCGUGGUAGAUGAUGUGAAAGCUCAAGAAAUAGCAGACAAGAUCUACAACCUCUUCAAUGGCUACACAAGUGGCAAGGAGCAGCAAACAGCCUACAACACUCUACUGGACCUGGGUUCCCCCAGCCUGCACCGAGUCCUUUACCACUACAACCAGCACUAUGAGAGCUUUGGGGAAUUCACCUGGCGCUGUGAAGAUGAGCUUGGACCCAGGAAAGCCGGCCUCAUCCUCUCGCAGCUGAGCGACCUCAGCAGCUGGUGCAACGGCCUCCUGCAAGAGCCCAAGAUCAGCCUCCAGCGCUCAUCCCUCAAGUACCUGGCCUGCCGCUACAGCGAGAUCAAGCCCUAUGGGCUCGACUGGUCGGAGCUCAGCCGCGACCUCAAGAAGACAUGCGAGGAGCAGACACUGAGCGUCCUUUACAAUGACUAUGGAGACAAGGACUACUGAGGGUUGGGAGCACCCGCUCUCACGCUGGCCUUCCCACGGGCAUUUGUGAGGGUUUUAUACACGGGCUCAUGGGGGGAAAAGGUGUCGCUGAUGUUUCUGGAGGCAAAAAUUUGGACUGGGAAGCGAAAUCGGCUGCUCUGUGCAGGACUGACUCAGUAUUAGUAUCUUCUUCGACUUGGCCAAAAGCCUUUCUAGUUAGAAGUCUCGUGGGACCCAGUUUUCUUGGUUUUGUUUUAUUCAUUUUGCCAAGAGGUUCCUCAGCAUUGGUGGAGAGGGCAGGUUGGGAGGACACAACCCUCUCUGCCUGCCCCGUCCCUGCCCCAGGUGUGGGGACCAUCCCCAAGGGUGGGGGACGCUGGUUGAUGGAGAAACAGAGUGGCACAGCCAUGAAGGGAGAGGACGUGAUGCAGGGUUGUGAAAACGGAGACAGGGCACGCAGAGCAGGUUGAGAUUCUAAUGGUUAUGGCUAAGAAAAAAACAACCACCAGGCAGCCAAGAGGGUUGGGGUUUUUUUUUGGAAUUGUAAAGUAUGAGGUCUGGAUGAGACCAGGCCAAGCAAUGGUGCCGUUGCAGGGCAGGGCUGGGGCAUCUUCAACUGGGGCAAAGAGAGAGGGACAUUGGUGACCCCAUCUCCUCAGACUGUUCUGUGAUGGUCAAAGCCCAUGUUUGUUCCAAGAUGCAGAGUCCUCCAGAGCAAAGACAGCUUUGCCCUGGGGCCCUGUGGCAAGCUGGACGUUGUGAUCUUUCUUCUUGCGAGAUCAAAUUCUUAGGAACUCAAAAAUCCCUUCCAUUUUUUAAAUUAUUUUUUUUUCAACCACAAUAAUAAAGACGUUGAAGCAAUUUCAAUCUACUGCUCAGGAGAGCCGCAGCCAAGAUGGCAGCACCCAGACAGCACAGCCACCCUGGAGCCAUGGAUGUGCGUGGCAAGGGGCGCGGGGUGCAGUGCACCCCAACAUGGUGGUGCAGGAUAGUCCCAGAGGUCCCGGUCCCACAGAGGUCUUGGUGACAUGGUGUGAUGGGCAGCGAUGGGGGUGUCGCUUGCCCAUGUUCAGGCUCACAUCUGCAGCGCUCACCGCUGGCUGUUUUUUUUUUGUUUGUUUCAAUUAGAAGACUGGGGUUGUCCUGGGACACUGUGCUCAGUUCAGAGCAAGCUGUUCUCCAGAACCCUGUUACUGCCGAUGGUGUUGGAAGCAGCAAACAGCUUCCUUUAUAGCUUCAGCUUUCAGCCUGGUUUGCAGAGGAGGCAUCUCCGGACUUGCCAGCUGUGCACCUUUGAUCUGGACAAGCUGAGAGCUCUACAGUGGGAUUUUUACGAUGCUCCUUCAGAACAAAAUUUCCUUUUCAUUUUUUUUUUUGUUUUUCAGUCUUGGCAGGAGCAAUCUUCAGCCUGUCUGUUGUGAUUUUCUGCCUCAUUUCUCCUGCUACCUGCCAAGGACAUGGCUUGAAGAUUCGCGUGGUGCUGAGAGAGAGGUGGCUGUGAUCCACAGCCUGUCACAGCUGACCAUGCCGCAUCACAGCAUCUGCUCAACAGCAGCUCAGCAUCUUCCUGCAGGACCAGGCAGAGCUUUGCUUUUCCCUUUUUGUGGGCAGACCUCUCCUCCAGGGCCUGGACCAGGGAGCUGGUGGGAGCAGCCACCAGCAGUUGGGAUUACCUGGGCGUCCCAGCGUAAUUUCUGUAAGGAAUGUGUCUGGUAGGGGUCUUGAGGCAAACACAUGCUCUUUACAAGAAGGAAGUCUGCUGGAUCCUUUUGGCUUUUUCUUACAUGUUUCUCCUUAUAUUUUGAUGUGCCUGAUGCUGCCAAGGGCUUGGGGCUGAGAGCAUGACUGGCGCCAUCUUCAUGUGCAGGUGAUCUACACUGAGCCCUCACUCCUUUUUCUUUCAGCCACCGACAAUCUUGGCCAAGACACUUUGGUUUAUCCUCUUGUUUCUCCUGAAACAACUUUUAACUUCCAUCCAGGCAGCCGUCCAGGGAUGAGCAGGGGACACCUCCACUUGACGCCUCAGAGAGAUGCUUGAACGACGGCUGUGCUGGCCCAGACACAAGUUGGUUGCUCGCCAAGUCAUCCCGCUUACGUGGCCUUUCUACGAAAUGCAGACUGUUUUCCUUUGGGGAGCAGACUCUUUUAUUGCUCUCCUGGUGCAGGAGCAGGGAUGGGAGCGGUGCAGGCUGCCAGCCGCUCACUGCAACGCUGCCAGGAAAACCCUGGAUGCCCCACGCGUUCACACCUGCCUAAGGUUCCUUCUUCAUCCAGUCCCAAGAUUUGCACUGGGGCUCUGCACAUAUUUCCGUUCCGCUUCAAAGCCCUUGCGUGGUCAACCAAAACCCUGCAGUAUCAUCAGCUUCGCUGGGCUGGACUCUGCUCCCUCGGCCUCAGAUUCGCCAUGGACUGGGAGAUGGACCACCCUAAAGGUCAAGGGGAAAGCCACCAUUCAAGGUCCUUCAGCAGCACUUUUGGACAGUUAGAUGGGACUCAGAGUCCCCAUCCUGUGAUGGACUGCUCGGUCUGCUGGUGGGGCUGUGUUUUGCCUGGUUGACCACCUCAAUGUCAUUGCACCCACUGUGCUGGCAGGUCCUGCUGAUGUGGCACAUUCAUAGGGGCCUUUUUCAUGAUGUUCCUGGCUUUGUGAAGGCUUCCUUCUUGGUUUCCUCCCUCUGGCUUUGCAACUCAGAAUUUUGCCCAAACUUGGAUUUUUCUUCCCCAAAUCCCUCAAUUAAGACAUGAGCCCAGCUCAGCAGCCUGCCAUGGGGUCCCAGACCCAACGGGGAGGUGAGGGCUGCAGACCUGGCCUUGGUGGGAUGCGUUACCUGGGGCUUGCUCAUGCAAAACAGCCCCGAGAUGUGCCCAUCCCUGCAGAGCUGCCACAAUCCACGUCUGUCCUACUGUUGGGUCUGCACAGUAUUUUCUCUCUUGGACUCCUGGUUCUUCCCUUGUUUUAUUUCUGAAUUAAUUGAUGAACCUCUGGGUCGUUAUAAUUUUUUUUGCUGCACCCGUACCUCUGUAAUAGCAUUACUACCCUUUACUUGUUGUGGAGUUAUUUAACAUAUAAAGAUGGUUUGGUCCUUUUCUUUACAAAGAUGGCUACAAUUCCUGUUCCUUGAUGUUCUAUUAAAACUCUAAUGUGACGUUUUACUACUGUAGAUUGAAAGUAGGGUGCUUUAGGGUGAGAUAGCCAUACGGCAAGAAACACAACCCCCUUCUGGAUUACUUUAAAAAAAAAAGGUUUUAAACAAUAACAACAACAACAACAACUAAAUCAUUGUAACACUAUGUAAAACUCCAGAUAAUAAUUUAACUGACUAUUAAAUGGAGCUGUUGGUAA